UACCUGCCAAUCGUUACUCAGAGCCAAUAGACAACUUCACAUUCGCCGAGAUUCCCACGGUUCGCCUGCAUCGAGCCAAUGGAGGACGGAAACCAGGAAAAGUGGGCGGGUAUGUCGUCGGGAGGAAAAUAAUCGGUGACGUUCCUCUCACUCGCUUUGUGUAGGGCGGUAGGAUGGUGCCGCUCUUGAUGGAUUGCGAAGAGCCAAUCAGUGCCUUCCGUGGGAUACCGGCAUACAUAGGUUGCCAAUCCGCGGGUUGGUUGCAGCUGUCAAUCAAAACCCGGUUCUGGCUAGUGGGCGGGACGUUCAGUCGACUGUAGUUCCGUCAUCUCGCUCGUCUCCGAGGCUACGGGGGGCCAAUGUUGAUUUGGGUGAAUUCCCGUCGUCGUCGGACCCCGCCGAGGUUUAAUUUUUAAAAGCUGGGUUUAGUAACGAAAAGUGGCGGCUCUUGGGCUGAGAAUAUCGCGUCCCCGCCUCUGGUGUCGUUUUUCUUUAGGCUGGGGAGAGGUGGGGAGCCGGGGGGGCUCGUUCGGCGGGGGCUGCAAGGAGGGACAGGCGAAGACUGGAUCCUCCGUGUUCAGGCCAUCUGCGCCGAGCUCGGCCUUACGGUCCAGUGAAGCCCCAACGACCGAGAUACCUCAAAGGUAUCCUCCCCGUGGAUUUGAGCUAUAUAUCGGUCGCCCGUUGCUGAUGACUGAGUGAGUGAGCCCGCUUUAUCAUCUCGUCUCGCCCUGGCACCGCAUCAGCAUCUGCCAGGCUAUUAAAGACCAAGACCUCGGAGUUAACGCUUGGUGCUUUUGGAUUUAGAAAAUACCGAUCAGACCUAAUCGAGAUUAGACCGGCUUGAGAAGGCUGCAGGGCGGCCAAAAAGCCACGGAUCUCCCGUUGACAGGUUGUCAUCAUGGGCAACGCGCCCACGGCCAGGAAGGGCAGCGAGAUGGAAAGCGUCAAGGAAUUCCUUGCUAAAGCCAAAGAGGACUUCCUCAAAAAGUGGGAGAAUCCUGCACAGAACACUGCUUGCCUGGAGCAGUUUGAGAGGUUGAAAACCCUGGGCACGGGCUCAUUUGGUCGUGUUAUGCUGGUGAAGCACAGAGAAACGGGACAACAUUAUGCGAUGAAGAUCCUCAACAAGCAGAAGGUGGUCAAGCUCAAGCAGAUAGAGCACACUCUAAAUGAGAAGAGGAUUCUUCAGGCUGUCAGCUUCCCUUUUCUGGUGCGGUUAGAGUACUCAUUCAAGGACAACACUAACCUCUACAUGGUAAUGGAGUAUGUGCCAGGUGGCGAGAUGUUUUCCCAUCUACGGAGAAUUGGCAGAUUUAGUGAGCCUCACGCUCGGUUCUACGCUGCUCAAAUCGUUCUGACCUUUGAGUAUCUCCAUGCUUUGGACCUGAUCUACAGAGACCUGAAACCUGAAAACCUGCUCAUAGACCAACAGGGCUACAUACAGGUUACAGAUUUUGGCUUUGCCAAACGUGUGAAGGGCCGGACCUGGACACUGUGUGGCACCCCAGAAUAUCUGGCUCCAGAGAUCAUUCUCAGCAAGGGGUAUAACAAAGCAGUAGACUGGUGGGCACUGGGUGUACUCGUCUAUGAGAUGGCAGCAGGGUACCCACCUUUCUUUGCUGAUCAGCCCAUUCAGAUCUAUGAAAAGAUUGUUUCAGGGAAGGUUCGUUUCCCAUCUCACUUCAGUUCAGACCUGAAAGACCUCCUAAGGAACCUGUUACAGGUGGAUCUCACAAAACGUUAUGGAAACCUCAAAAAUGGGGUCAAUGAUAUCAAGGGACACAAGUGGUUUGCAACAACUGACUGGAUUGCCAUUUACCAGAAAAAGGUGGAAGCUCCCUUCAUCCCCAAGUUCAAAGGACCAGGCGACACCAGCAACUUCGAUGACUACGAGGAGGAGGAGAUUCGCGUCUCCUUCACUGAGAAAUGUGCCAAGGAGUUUGCUGAGUUCUAGAGUUAGAGAGCAAGAGAGGAAGAAAGAAGGAAAUAGGGAGAGUCAAAGGUAGGCUGGUCAAGUGGGAGACGUAAGGAGAAAGUACUGUCUCCUGUCCAAUCACAAGCACCAGCUACAAAGAGGAAAAAUCGGAUAGAGAAGGGAAAAAGAGCAAGGAGACUGAUAACCAGCAGUGUUGCCUUUUCUGUUGUGUUUUUGUUGUGUUUUAUUUAUUAUUCUGUCUUAUUUAUGGAUCCCUUUAUAAUGAAGGUGUGCUUCAUGGGUGUUGAGAAUCCAACUAAUUUGGAGUUGCCUCUACACAUUUUCACCCGAGAUCUUCCCUUUUCCUUUUUUUUAAUCCAUCUUUUAGUCAUAUUCGCACCGCAGCAAAGAGAAAUCAGUCUGUCUGUGCUGAUCUAGUCCAGUCUCUUAGUCAUUACAUGAAGACUAAUGAGUUUUGUGCAAGUUUAGGUCUCAGUCUGGACAAAAGUUUCUUAAAUUUUAACCGACAACUGGCUAACAUGCUCUUUGUUUUUUUUAAGCAAGAAGGGCAUGUAAGUAGCAGGUUUAAUAAAUCUUGCACACAUAUGUACUUUCACCUCAGAUGACUUUACAUUUUGCAGUUAUAUCUCAAUUUUUCCUUCAGAAUUUAAACUUUUACCCUUUCAUAUCAUAGACACACGACAUAACUUAAGGCUUGAUGGGCCAACAAAAAAACAAAAAAAUGGAUACAUUGUGUGUGCAAAAUAAAUUUCAGCGAGAGACAGAUGAUGUUUUAAGGGAAAAAAAGUCAGUUACGUUUACUGUGUAACUAUCCAUCUACCGUUCUUAUCAUUGUUAGAAUUAGUGCAUAUCUACGGUACUCCAUUUUAAAUGUUAUUAGAUACUAGUGGCUCCAAUGAUAUCAUGUCACGCUAACAAACAAGGAAAUAUGAGUAAAGGGAUGGAAUUAACUCAGUUUUUAAGGGCGUUUUAAAGAAACACCGUAACGUAAUGGUAUCUCAGGUUUGAACAUAUCACUUAAUAGACAUUUUAUUAACAUACAGCGUUAGGAUCGGCAGGUAAAUCUGUGAUAUGGAUUUGGGAAUUUAAAGUUCUGGUUCAAAUUAAAAGUAACAAAAGGGAAUAUUCAGACUUUUGGUUAGCGUCUUCCACAGUUUGCCCUUCCAGAAGAUUUGAUUUUACUAACUGACUCAACAACUUUGUUUUCAUGAAAGCACUUCCUGUCUCGGCUCAGAGUUUACUUAAUGGUCACAGUGAUUCUGCUUACUGAAUCAAGCCUUUGGCCCUUGAUUACUCCAACUGAAAGUGACCGCUUGAGGCAAACUACCUCGAACUGCUUCCGGCUGGUGGCCUUCAGAGCAUUUUGACCAGUCACUGAUGGCAGUUUGGAUAGUGCGCUUUUAUGGUCUUCAAUGGAAAUAUGUAUUCAUGUUCACCUCAUCUUAUUACCCAUCCCUUUCUUCUUAUCACUUGUAAAGUAGGACCACACUCCAUGUGACAGUCUUAUAUGUGACAGCAGCUCUGUUACUGUUUAUGUGUUUUAAACAUGCACAGUUUUUUUGUUUCGUUUUGUUUUUUGUGUGUUGGUGAUGAUGUAAAGAUGACUGGCACUCCAUUUAACAAGUUAGUGAAAGCUAGAGCGCCUGGCGGUGAAUCGAGCUAAUACCGAGAAGAGAGAAAAAUAAUCAUAGCGCACGAUAUACAACCUGCUGAUUUGAAGAAUACAACAAAUAGCACUUUUGGUAUUCAGUGUCUCCUUGGCUCCUGAGCUAUGGUGACAGAAUAUUUCAACAAUGGCCAGAGAGGGUCGUUACUGUAGGAUUUGUUCAUUCACAAUUUAUGAGAUAAAACAAAGUGACACUGAUGUUCGUUUCAGACAUCAAAAUGCCUUCUUUAUUGCUGUAAUUUAAUGUGCCACAAUAAUGAUGAUUUCCUAAUUUGAUUAAUACAGGCGCCUUGGUUUUUCUCCCAUCGUUAUAAACUGGAUAAUAUAAAUUCACAUACCUCCCUCGAGUCUGAAACAGUUCAGUUACCAAAAAAAAUAUAUAUAGCAAGCAUUUUCUCCAGGAUACACAUUUGUUAUGUGUAAUGGUUUGUGUCUAUCAUUUGUAAUAUGGAAUAAUACUCAAAAUAACCCUAGAAAUUAAAGGGUUAAAGCCCCCCCCU